AUGAAGGUCGUAGCAUUAGUAAGUGGUGGAAAAGAUAGUUGUUAUGCAAUGAUGGAAUGUGUUCGUUUUGGUCAUGAGAUUGUAUGUCUAGCACAUCUUCAUCCACCAAUGGAAUUAGCAGUAGACAAGAGUGAGAUUGAUUCGUUCAUGUUCCAGAGUGUUGGGUAUCAGAUUGUUGAAUUAAUUGGAGAAAGUAUGGAACUUCCACUAAUCUCACAGACAAUUACAGGCACAGCAGUCAAGACAGAGAUUACUUAUCAUGAAUCAACAGCUGGAGAUGAGGUAGAGGAUUUGUUUCGGCUGUUGGAAAAAGUGAAACAGCAGUUUCCAAAUGUACAAGGCGUUUGUACGGGAGCAAUUUUUUCUAGCUACCAGAGGAAUCGAGUUGAGAAUGUGUGUUCACGAUUGAACUUGACAUCGCUUGGAUACUUGUGGCGCCGUGAACAGACAGAAUUGCUACAGGAAAUGAUUGAAUCAGAGAUUGAAGCGAUUUUGAUCAAGGUCGCGUCCAUUGGUCUACAUCCACGAAGGCAUUUGGGGAAAACGAUUGCUGAGCUGCAACCACAACUUUUGAUGCUGAAAGAAAAGUAUCAGAUGAACGUUUGUGGUGAAGGUGGGGAGUACGAGACGUUUACGCUCGAUUGUCCUCUUUUUAAGAAGCGCAUCGUCAUUGAUGAAAGCCACACGGUGCUUCAUUCUGACGAUUAUAUUGCUCCUGUAGCCUUCUUGUCGAUUGACAAGUGUCAUUUGGAGGACAAGGAACCUUCGGAUCCUUCACAACUAGCCUCGCGAAUCCCAGCACCAUUUUUCUCUCGCUUAUUGGACAAUGCAAUGAUUACGGACAAAAAGCCAGCCACCGUGCUUGCACUUUGCCCGCAGUCUGCAAAGACAUUUGUGCCCACCUUUGGUCAGUUUCGUGACCAAGUGCAUUUGUCAGGCAUUAUGAGCAGCAAGGCUGGUGAUGCAUCGGUAUCGCUGGAGGAGGAAAUGAUUGAUAUUGUGGACCAGCUAGAGACCAUACUGGAAAGUCAAAAGAUGGUGCUAGCUGAUGUGUGUUUUGUGCACCUGUAUGUUCAGGACAUGGCCGCAUUUGGUCAACUCAACGCCGAAUACAUUCGACACCUUGGUCAAAACCUACCGCCGUCACGUAGCUGCGUCGAAGUAAAGGCACUGACUGACGUGCCUGCCAGUGUGCUUUUGGACUGUUUCGCGUUGCGCGGUAGUGGAGAACAAAAGAUGCAAUCUCUGCGUGUACGCCGCGAUGUUUUGCACGUGAAGAGUCUCUCAGCCUGGGCGCCAUGUUGCAUAGGUCCAUACAGCCAAGCAAAUGUGCUUCAUAGAGCGCUCAUUCUUUUGGCUGGUCAAAUCGCAUUACACCCUCAGACGAUGGACCUUGUGCCAGGUGACCUGGCCGCCCAGACGACGCAAUGUUUUCGCAAUGCCUGCCGUGUAUUGGAAGCGCUUCAGUCAAAUCUUCGUCACGUUUGCUCUGGUGUCAUCUACACUACCGGAGACCCUAGCGACCGAGAAGCUCGCGAAUGUCUGCUAGCUGACAGCCGUCACAACCUCAUUACUAAUGCCGACUUGGACGAUGAGUUUGAAUCUGUUGACGAUAGUGAUGAAAGCGAUGAAGAAGUGAAUAAGAAGGAAGCACGAUUGGAGUUUGUGAAGCAGGCUCCACUUCUAGUCAUUCAGGUGUCAAAUUUGCCGCGGAAUGCUUUAGUGGAGGUGGAGCUGCAAGCAUUCACGCACAUUGCGCUAAAGUACCUGGUACCCCAAAGUUUGAUGCGCACGCGCUAUUCAAGCAAUUUGCGCUUUGACUGGCAAAGUGGUAUGGUCCCGCGCGCUCUUUGUCAGAUCAUGUGCACUGCGUCAGUUGAAAAUGGCGCACGCUACUCAGACACCCGAGCAUUGGCAAAAGCUGCAGCAAAGGGAAUUUGGACAUGUGUGCUGGAUAGCCUGGUGGAAGCUUUGAUGCCUUGGGACCGAGUGAUUCACGUGCGCACCUUCUACGUGGCAACGGCUUUUUCAAGCGAGAAUGAAUUGGCCAAACCUUAUUACGAGACUGUAACAGCACGAAGUAAAGUGAACAGCAUGCCUGGCAUGACGUUUGUACCUGUUGAUGCAAUUCAGAGUGAUGCAGUAGUUGCACUGCAGGUGACGGCCCAAGACCUCGACAAGCUGGAGACUGAGCUCUGGUUGCACAAGCAAAUCUAG